ACAAUUUCUAUUUUCAAAAUGAUAGUGGAAUAUAUAACCACAAUGAGUGGAUUUCUCCUUGUGGGAUUCUCUGACAACCGUGAACUGCAGAUCUUGCAUGCUUUGCUCUUAUUGGUGACAUACCUAUUGGGCUCAGCAGGGAACUUCAUCAUUAUCACCAUCACAACACUGGACCCACAGCUCCAGUCUCCAAUGUAUUACUUUCUGAAGCACCUUUCCAUUCUGGACCUCUCAUCCCUCUCUGUCACAGUUCCCCUGAAUGUUGACAGUUCACUGUCAGAAAAUGGAUACAUUUCAUAUGGACAGUGCAUGCUGCAAAUUGUUUUCUUCACAGGUUUUGCUUGGGGUGAGCUGACCAUUCUCACAGUGAUGUCAUAUGAUCGUUAUGUAGCUGUUUGCCUUCCACUCCACUAUGAGGUCAUCAUGAGUCCCAGAGAGUGCACUUGGGCUGUGGCAGCUGUGUGGCUAAGUGGAGGUGUCUCAGGAACCAUAUACAUAGCAAGUACAUUCUCUAUCAGAUUCUGUGGGGACAGAAUAAUCCACCAAUUCUUGUGUAAUAUUCCCCAGGUGCUCAAGCAGUCCUGCUCUAAUGAUCACCUUGUAGUAAUAGGAACGAUAAGCUUCAUGACUGCAGUGGCCUUUGCCUGCUUCAUUGGGAUUGUCAUCUCCUAUGUCCACAUAUUCUCCACAGUUCUCAGGAUGCCCUCUGCUGAAAGCAGGUCUAAGGUCUUCUCUACUUGCCUGCCACGCCUUUUUGUUGUCUCAUUGUUUCUUUCUACAGGUUCAUGCGCAUAUCUAAACCCAACCUCAGACUCUCCAACUGCUUUAGAGUUCUUAGUUUCUGUCUUUUACACAGUACUACCUCCAACACUCAACCCUGUUAUUUAUAGUUUGAGAAAUGAUGCCAUAAAGAGUGUUAUAAGGAAGUUACUGUUGAGUACAAAAUUCACUGGUUAGAAUCAUUUUGCCCUGUUAUUUACUG